AUGCCUCUUGGUCAGAAGAUGAUGGCCAGUUCCUCAUUCCAAUUGAGUUUAUAUUGUGUAGGUUUCUUCGUCGUGAUCUGGAUUGCCGCAGUCAUGUUCAAGUCCAAUGAUAUCUUGCGCAAGCAGACCUCUCUCAAGGCCACCGCUGUGGUAGUGCCCAUGUCUCUUCUCCAGUCAGUCACAUCGUGCUAUGAUGCACACAUCCUCAAGUCUGGGAAGCAACCCUGCUCACUCUUACAUAAUGCCAAUUCGUGUCAAGAGCCCUUCGCUGGCAACUCACUGGAUGUAGAAACCCAAGUGGACGCAGCCGUUGAGCCCUAA